UUUUAUACAAUGGUCGCUAGUGAACUGUUUGUGUCAAUUUUCUUUAUAUAUUUAUCAAAUUCGCUUGUAUUUGCAGUACAAAUUCCGAAGCAAUUAAUAAAUGAAACUCCCAAAGAAACGCAAUUGAAGGCAGUCAGAGAAUUGGUUCACCGGACCCUGCUGGAAAAAGAUUUACUGUUUGAAAUCGAUAUAAACAAAAAUUUUGAAUUUCGCAGCUUUCAGAUAUAUAAAACAACAACCAAUAAAAUUGUCAUUAUUGGAUACGAUGCAGUGUCUGCAGCUAAAGGAUUCCAUCACUAUCUGAAGUACUAUCUUCAUAAAACAAUUUAUUGGUACAAUAAGCAUAUAAAUAUCGAAGAUGACAUCGAAUUGCCUUAUGUUAAUAUAACAUCAAAAUCAUUUAGUUCUGUUAUUUAUUAUCAAAAUGUCUGUACGUGGGGUUAUAGCUUCGUAUGGUGGAAUUGGUCGAAGUGGGUUGAGCACAUUGAUUGGAUGGCAAUGAUGGGUAUAAGUUUUACAAUAGCACCAAUACAAGAGCAAUUAUGGUAUGAAACCUAUUUAGAAAUGGGUUUAACCGAGGAUGAAAUUGAUACGCAUAUAUCAGGACCCGCAUUUCUACCAUGGUUACGUAUGGGAAAUAUUCGUGGAUGGGGCGGACCUUUAGGGCCAGCAUACAGAAGGAUGCAAAUGAUUUUACAACAAAAAAUUAUUCAGCAGCAACGAAGCCUUGGUAUGAUUGUUGCAUUACCAUCCUUUUCGGGACAUUUACCAGUUGCAAUGAAAAAAAUAUAUCCAACAGCAAACUUUUCUAUUACUGAUCGUUGGAAUAAAUUUCCAAUCGCGUUCUGUUGCGGACUUUUCUUAGAUCCAAUCGAUCCUUUAUUUAAAAAUAUAACUAAUAUGUUUUUAAAAAAGGUUAUAAUCAACUACGGCACCGAUCACAUUUACUUUGCAGAUCCGUUUAAUGAAAUACAGCCUCGUAUCGCCGACGCCUCAUAUCUAAAUAUGACAGCCUAUCACAUAUAUAACUCUAUGCACAUAGUAGAUAAUGAAGCAAUUUGGUUGCUACAAGGAUGGAUGUUUGUCAAAAAUAUAUUUUGGUCCGAUAAACUAAUUGAAGCAUUUCUCACGGCAGUUCCGACGGGUGGACUUUUGGUAUUAGACUUACAAAGCGAACAAUUUCCCCAAUACGAAAGAACACACUCGUUUUAUGGCCAUUAUUUUAUUUGGUGUAUGCUUCACAACUUCGGUGGAACUUUAGGGAUGCACGGCUCAGUGAACGUUAUCAAUCAAGGAAUAAGAACAGCACGCACAAUGACAAACAGUUCUAUGAUUGGAGUUGGAAUUACACCGGAAGGUAUUAACCAAAACUACGUUAUGUACGCUUUGGCAUUGGAGCGAGCAUGGCUUAAAGACGACAUAAAUCUGACUGCGUGGUUUAACUCAUAUGCGGAUGUACAAUAUGGAAUUGUGAAUAAUGAGUUGCGGAAUGCUUGGCAAUUACUUAGGAACUCAGUAUACUCUUAUUAUAGCUUUAAAAAAAUUCGCGGUAAAUAUGUGAUAGCACGCCGGCCCUCAACACGCAUUAACGUGUGGACAUGGUAUAAUUCUUCUGAUAUUUAUGAAUCCUGGUCUAAAUUACUUCAGUUGAAUGGAACAAUUCCAAAUACUCACUAUAACAUAUAUAAAAACGACCUGGUAGACAUUACAAGACAAUUUUUACAAGUAACUGCAGAGCGUAUAUAUGUCAACUUAAUUCAAUCAUUUAAGAAAAAACAAAACGAUAAAUUCCUCCAACUCUCCCAAAUAAUGAUAAGUAUCUUCGAUGAUUUGGAUUUGAUACUGUCCACACACGAAAACUUUCUUUUGGGUCCUUGGCUAGAAAGUGCGAAAAAUAUAGCAACUUCAACCAAUGAAAGGGAACAAUUUGAGUUUAAUGCAAGAAAUCAAAUAACUCUCUGGGGACCCUCUGGACAAAUAGUAGAUUAUGCAACAAAACAAUGGUCUGGUAUAGUCAGAGAUUUUUUCAAACCUCGAUGGCAACUUUUCAUAAAGCAGUUAAAUAUAAGUCUAAACAACAACAUACCCUUCAACAAUACAAUGUUUAUUCAGACAGUACUGACAGAGAUAGAGAAACCAUUUAGCUACGACAAAAAGAGAUAUCACACGCUACCAAGUGGCAACACUUAUAAAAUUUCACAACGUAUUUUUACGAUGUGGUCUGAAUUUUUCCUUAACGAGAAUUAUGUCAAUUAUUUGUUACCUGUCGUUGUAAAACAAUUAAAGGACUAAUAUGACUAUGUAAUGCUUGUAUAUAAAAGGUAACAAAUGUUAAUAAAAUAAGGAAAACUUUAAAUACAGACUAAAAUUUUUUAAAGGACAAUGUGAUGUCUAAAAAUUGUUUACUUUACAAUUAUAGUUUUUAAAGUGAACUUUUUCUUAAGACCAAAAUAAAAAAUAUUCUAAUGAUCAUACUUGAAAAAAAAUUUAAAUUUGCUGCAAAAUUUUGAAUUUUUCCCAAAUCUUUUAUUACUUUAUUAAAAGAAACCUCAAAGUUCAGGAAUAAUAUUGUCAACCCCGUUUUAAAAAGUCGUUACAACUAAACUCCUCAAAAUGCAUACAUAUGUAUAUUAGGGUUGAUCAUCAGAAAAACAAAAAAAAAUAUUUUUGAUUUAUUAUGAUUAACUAAAUGAUAAUAUAAGAUGUAUUACAAAAUUUUAUGUGUCUAUAUAUCAUCAAAAGCAAUAUUUUAGCAAAACAACGUAGCAUCACAAAUAUUUAAGAAAUUUGAACCCACAGAACAAAGUAUACUUUUCUCAACACUGAGUAGCGCUGAAUCCGAAUCCGGCCGAGAUGUCAUAAUUUUUUUUUUUUGUUGAAGGGGACCCUACAUACAGUGAAUCAACUAAGUUUUUUGCCUACCUUUUUUAAGAGAAUUUUGUUUUUUGUUCAUAAAUAAAAUUCAAAAAAACAGGUAAAAAGUAAAUUUAUGUUUUCCAAUUGAAAAUAGAGAUUAUGUAGAAUGGGAAAACCAAGAAAAAAAUAUUAAAAUAAAAAUUUUGGUGCAUUUGUUGUUGCAUUUUAUAAUUUUUCAUCAGAAUUUGCACGUCAAUAAAGUAUUUUGCAUAUUGAAAUUUCCAGUUAAUAUCGUUGGGUUUUCAAAAUUAUUUUUUAAUUGCUUUUUGGAAUUUAUUGUUUUAUUGUUAAAAGGACACGUGUUAAGUAUUUUUCAAUUGUAAUUUUCAAAAAUAAUAUCCUUAUUGUGUGAAACUGUGUAGUUAUUUGCGUCAAAAAUGUUUAAAGGGAAAUAAUGAGGCAAUUCCAAUAUAAAAAAUUUGUUUAGAUUUUUAGGACAAGUAUAAAUUAAUGAAAUUCAAUUAUGAGAUGUUUAAUCAAUCAUUAAAAAAUAUAAAAUAUAUAAAUUGAUGAAAUAACACAAAGAAUU